CUCCCUGCUUGUUCUUCCCACUAAGACUAUUUGUUUCCCAUUGGAUCUGACAGGCUGUGUUCUAUUUUGGAUUAGUUAUUUUUUUUAAAUCUGUAGCGCCAUCUUGCGGCUGUUGAAAUAUAUACUUCCGUUCGUUCAUGCAAAGUUUACAUCCGGAACGAUUGGUCACAACAAUAACAACCAUGGCAGCAGCUGGCGCUGACAUGAAGCCCCUUCAGCAUGCCAUGAAAAUAGCUAAAGUGGCUAUACAAUUGGACGCAGGGAACCGACAUAAGGAAGCCUACUGUGAAUACUUGAGGAGUAUCAACUUCAUCACCCACUCACUUUUGGAGGAUGCUGUAUCUAGGCAGGGAGAGAUAGUAGAGGUGGAAAAGAUGUUGAGGCUGGCUGAGCAGUGUUUGGAGAGAGCCAAGUCCUCCUUCAUAGGAAGGAAAGAUGAACCUGCAACCCCUAUCUCCUACACGACACCUAUCAACUUGGCAGCACUCAGCCUGACCACAGCCUUAGCAGUAAGCCCUGGAAAGAUUGUUUCGCCACAACCACAAGAGCCGGUUAUUUACUCGGGGCCUGGACAGCGCAAAGUUCUCUCUGAGGGUGGAGGGGAGGUCAUCACCUUCCUGUCCCCAGAAAUCUUCCAGAGUUUGCAGAUAGUGGAGUCGCAGGAUACCAGGAAGGAACUUACACCCAUAGAGGAGGCCUCGCGGUUGAACCAGAAGUUGAAAGAAAAUUAUGAAGCUCGUCUGGCCCGACUCCCCCCUGCACAGGCCCGUACACAGAAGACUUCCCUGACACUCUCUCUUCAGAGGCAGAUGAUGGAGAACCUAAUCAUUGCCAAGGCCAGGCAAGAUGCUCUACAAAGGAAGAUGGAGGAGAGGAGACUGCGGCUGCAGGAGGAGGCCAACAGGAGAUUUGCCGCAUCUGGAACAAUUACUGCAGAAGAACAGGAGCAACGUGUUUUGUACACAAAUGUUUUGGAAUAUGAACAAGAUCAUGACUGGCCCAAGCUAUGGAAAGCCAACAUUAAGAAAAAUCCUGAUGAUCCCACAUUGGUGUCCGGCCUUGUUUCAUGUCUUCUCAGCUCUCCAGACCACCCUGUGAUGAUGUUACUGAAAAGGCUCCAGUACAGAGUUUACAACAGGCUCUACCCAAUCGUGAGUAAGAGUCUCCCUACAAGUCCUGCCCUGCCCAUGAAACCCUCCCACAGCGCCCAGAGCCUGUUGAUGUCAGACUCUCAUCAGAACGUGUCAAAAUCCGAAGUGGGCCACAGUAUGUCCUCCGAUGCCUCUCUCAAUAUCUCCUUCUCCCAUGACCAUAUUGCUAACGAGGAGGAUAGUGAUGGGCCCCAUACACUGGACAGGGAGAAUUCGUUUGAGGAUCUGGAGCAGUUUCUGACACAGCUGGACUGGGCUCCAUCACAUGGGGACCCUGACGUGACCUUUGAACAGUCACAGUUGGAUCAGGAGGAGCCUCUCGUUCAAGACUUGGAGAUGCGUGAUCUCAAAGAACACCUCAAGGCUAUUGUGAAGGACAUCCAUAUUGCCAUUGAUCAACUGCUGUCGCUAUGCCUUCUCUCCUUUGAGUGUCUGAACACAGCCAGUUCUAAGGACCUGUGUGUGGCCAGCAUAGAAGAAGCCUUCUUCACUCCCCUCUGGAGCUCUUUGUUGGCUCUCUUCAGGAAGGUCCACAGAGAGAGGGAACUGUCCUUUGAGUCCAGUAUGAGGCUGUAUCGGGAUGCCUCACCUGGUGAUGUUGGUGUCCCAUCGAAACUGUACCCCCAGGACCCUGUCAUGCUGCAUGGUUCCUACCCCUACGACUCGGCAGUGCAAGAGCUUCGCUUGCUGUGCAGAGAUUGCUGUCCCCAGAGAAAGCUGGAGUGCAUUGUUCGAACGUUGCGUCUGAUCUGUGCUUGUGCUGAGGACUACUCCUGCCUUCAUGAGGCAGAAUCCAAAACUGCAACCAUUGGGGCAGAUGACUUGUUGCCCAUCCUCUCCUAUGUGGCUCUGCACUGUGAGCUGCCUCAGUUGGUGUCAGAGUGUGCUGCCCUGGAGGAGUUCAUUCAUGAAGGGUAUCUGAUUGGAGAGGAGGGCUACUGCUUGACCUCCAUGCAAAGUGCUCUGCAAUAUGUGGAGUCAUUGCACACAGGAGGGUUUCAGCUACACAACACUAAAUUCACCUGAUACAGGAUGAAGAUUUGUUUAGAACAGACAUAGAGAGCGGUUGGGGCAGUGUUGACCUGAUGGGUCUGUGUGCUGGAGGCCUGGCAGGGAGGAGGGGAGAUAGACACUGACGGUCAUAUGGCUGGAUUGUUCAGAGUGCUUCCGGACCAGAGGAGAAAACAUGCCAAUGCGAAUCAGGAGGAGUCCAGACAACCGCAGAGGACUAACUUUAAUGCAUAACUCGCACUCAUUGUGUGUCCCCUUAAAUCCCUUCAAGUCCACUUACCUUGUCACACACAUGCAAGCUGAAAUCUCAUUCAGAGCUCGGAUCCUAUCAGGACCCAUUAUGCCGUAACAGACUACUCAGUCCCAGCCUCCUUGGCAUGAUACACUGCCCCAUUCCCAGACAGAUCCUCACAACUCCUCUUCCACCUCCCCUCAUAACAGCCUAUUACACGUACACACUCCGUGUGGUGCUGACAUCCAUUAUACACAGUCUAUAAAGCAAGAACACCCGAGUGGGCUCCCAAAUGGCACAAUCAAGGGUCUGGAAUCAUACCGGACCCUGGUUUGAUUCCAGGCUGUAUCACAACUGGCUGUGAUUGGGAGUCCCAUUUACAUUACAUUUUACAUUUAAGUCAUUUAGCAGACGCUCUUAUCCAGAGCAACUUACAAAUUGGUGCAUUCACCUUAUGACAUCCAGUGGAACAGCCACUUUACAAUAGUGCAUCUAAAUCUUUUAAGGGGGGGGAUUACUUUAUCCUAUCCUAGGUAUUCCUUAAAGAGGUGGGGUUUCAGGUGUCUCCGGAAGGUGGUGACUGACUCCGCUGUCCUGGCGUAGGGCAGGCCACAAUUGGCCCAGUGUCGUCUGGGUUUGGCUGGGGUAGGUCGUCAUUGUAAAAAAAACUAUUUGUUCUGUAACUGACUUGCCUAGUUUAAAAAAUUAAAAAAUAAAAAAUUUAAAAACCUCUUUCCAUGACAUGGACUGAUCAGGUAAAAUCUACAGUACACAGUUUUGUUGUAACCCUUGACAAACAUACCUCAUUCAACUCAUUGAGGGCUUGAUGAUUAGUUGAAGUUGAAUCAGGUGUGCUUCUCCAGGGUUAGGAUUCAAAUGUGUAAUGUUAGUGUUACUGGAGGACCAGGGUAUUGAAACACUGGUGUAAGGUACAGGAGGAGCUAGAGGUGAAGCAGAGGAAUGUCUGUACCUCGGGUGGCCAGACCUGGGUUCAAAUACUAUUUCAAUUUCUUUUCAAUAGAUUUCUAAACAAGUAUUCAGAACCUUUAUUUGAAGAAAAAAAAACAAGUAGUUGAAUAUUGGAAUGUAUUUGUAAAUACAAUAAAAAAAAUUGACUUGCGCCUACAUGUUGACUGCAAACAUCAACUGAUCAAAGGUCAUGAAAUUGUGACUGCAGGUUUAUGCAGUUAAUCUAUGAGCAGCUAUCGCCUGCAUGGUUGACUAUUGUCAGCUUAUCAUUUGGGUGUUUUUGUUUGACCCACAACAAAUGUGACCAACGACAUGAAAGAAACAGGAACCAACUCUUGUAUACAGUGGAUAUGUACAAAUUAAUGUGAUUUAAUGUGAUAUUUGAGUCCCCCUCUCUCACCAAUUGAUUGUACAAUGUACAAACAUAUUUUCAGGUUGUGAGUGCUUGAUAUGGAGGUUGGAGACAUGUUUAUUUCGACGACGUUUAUAAAAGAUGUUCUUUAUAAUGUCAACACUGCCAUGUUGCACUGAACUUUGCUGUUGGAAAACCACAUCGGUGUCUGACUUUCGGUUGUCACUGAUGCACCUCCCCCUACUACUUAACUCCUCAACCUUUGUCAACAGUCGGUUGCUUUAGCCUUACCACUCAAACAAGCCCACUGACUCAAAUACACUCCCAUGCAUUAAACCCAGGUAUUUACUUUGAUAUACAAUUUGGUUGACUACUUGGUUUUUACAAAUAACCAUUCAAAAACUCAAAUAAAAGUACUUGUUUUUUGCUAUGUAUUUGAAAAUACUCAGAUAAAAUAUAUUUAAUAAACAAGUAUUAAUAUACACAUGCACUGUAUUUGAACCCAGGUCUACUGGUGGCCUGUUAUAUCAGCCUAUAACCCUGUGUGGGGUACUGGCUCUAGAGUGUGAUCUAUACCAGAGGAUGCAGCAAUAGGAAGCCCUAGGUUGAGAUAGUUGGGCUGAACUUGACAACAGCUGUUAGGUGGGUUCAUCCUCACCAAAGGACCAUGCCAGGUGGCCUGGAAAGUAUGAAUGACAGCUACCCAGUGCAUUUGUCACCCCAUUGCCUGCUGAAAUCUACUGUUCAUGUCAACAUUGGGAACUAAUCAUCUGAUAAGAUGUGUGUGUGAGGCCAUGCUCUGACGAUGCUGCCGUGAGAUCAAACUGUCCUCUCCAUCUCUCCCUGACCUCAGAGCUGGCCACAAAGUUGAUUCAAGUCUGUGGAGUGUGUAAGCCUCCAGAAAGGUCUCCAAAAACACCAAAUAACAAUAUUAUUUGAAUAGAUACAGCAUUAAACAGACAAAUCCCUCUGCUCUCUCAUCACACCACUCUUGAGUUGUUUCCCUGUCUGUCAUAUGUGGACCAGACCACACACACACCCACCCACAUUAUUGUAACUAAGGUUCAUUGUAACAAAGAAACACUAAUACUUGCAGGUGCAUAAGUGAUGAGUACAUGUUCAAAAUGUUAUUUUCAGAGUUUCCUAGAAUGUAUCAAGUGAAUCUGUUGCCUGCCAGUCUGUCUCUCAGCCUGACUGUAUGUUGUGGUUUCUUUUGGCCUGUGAAUGUGAAUGUUUUUUUUUUAAAUUGACAACUUAAGCUUUGGUAAGCACUUGCUACACUCACACGGAAAGGGGAGCAUGAUACUGCCAAGGUCUCAUAUGUUUUUCCGUCUGUUUUAAUCCCUUAACUGAUUCACAUGUUUUAAAGGGGGAUCGUCAGUCCAAUGUUUUAUGAAAACCAGAAAAUAAAUUUGAUGCCCACUUCUUAACUGUUCUACCUUGCUUGAUACCAUGACUUCAGUCUGUUCUCAGUGAUCUGUUGUGUCUUCAGGUAUAAGUCCAGCCCAAGCAAUAAUCUUAAACUUAACUAGUAAUUCAUCAUUUGCAUUUCAGUUGUUUACAGUACAUAUUGAAUUACUUUAAUUAUAUAUAAAGACAGCUGUAUUUGUCUGCUCUGGUUCCUUUUAUUUAAUGCAGAACUACACCAUUGUCUACAAUAGCUUCAGUGCCUCUUAGUGAAAUGUCAAAUGAGGUCAGGUGACAUACAACCUGCAUAGUGCUCUUUGAGGCGGGAGGCCCUGUGUGACCCACUGAAGGCUUAAAAUACUCAUGUUACAUGGCUCUAAUUUUGUAAUACAUUAAAAUAAAUCCCUUCUCACCCUACUUCCUCUUUUAGAAGCUGAUUCAUGAUAUCUGCCUUAAGAACUUGUAAGUCCACCACCGUCCCUCCUAUCCCUACGAAAGACAGUUCUCUUUUCCUAUUAGAAUAAGAAAUGGUAUCAUACAGGAGGGUAUAUCAGCAUUAGUGUGUGUAAACAGUGCUUGACUUGGGCAGAAGCUCACUGGAGCUGAGUACCGUCACCUCAGGUGUUCUACUGCUUGAGCUCCUGUACCUCUAUAGAAUACUAGCUCAAAGGUAUUGUGGAGUUCCUAAAUAUAAACAGUACUGGCACCAAGUCAAGCACUGUGUGUUAAUGUGUUUGUGUGUAAUGGAGAGAGAA